AUGAAGAUUACUAAUGCCCGUCUUAGUCGUCUUAAUGUUUUUUUUGAAGCUGCGAAUGGGUUGCAAGAAUUUGAAUAUUGUGACUUAUUGGCGGAGUGUCCUAAUUUGGAAAUUUUAAAGACAACAGAGGUCAUUGGAGACGAAGGAUUGGAAGUUGUUGCCGCUAUUUGUAAGAAAAUGAAAAGGCUGAGGAUUUACAAGCGCACAAAAGAUCAAAAUGUUGAAGGUUGGAUUACUGAAGAAGGAUUGAUUGCUUUGUCAAAAGGAUGCUCCGAACUCGAAUAUCUGACAAUAUAUAUGUCUUCCAUUACAAAUGAAGCUUUGAAAUGUGUGGGCAACAACAUGAAGAAGCUUUGUGAUUUUCGGUUGAUGUUGUUUGUUGUAAACCCACAACAAAAAUUGAGGCAAAGGGUGCUUGAUAUUGGAGUUGAGUCUUUGUUGAAGGGUUGUCCUGACCUCAAGAGGCUUUCUCUUCUCUUCUACACAUAUUGGCUGACAGGGAAUGGAAUUAAAUCGAUUGUGAAGUAUGGGAAAAAUGUGAAAGUGAUGCAAUUGGGCAACAUUGUGAGAUCUGAUGCAAUGUUGAAUUUUUUUGAAAAUGAACUUUGCAAUCCCAUUGGCCUGCAGAAGUUAGAAACACUAGAUAUGUGGAAUUGUUGUUUCAGUGGUACUGCAUUAACACGAGCGCAAGCCGUUCACUUGAUGGGGAGUAGUGCCAUUUAA